AUGGUGCAAGACAUAGUUAUUACUUUGUCAGUUUUGAUGUUGUUGGCAUCCAUAUUAUACCGAGGGGAUGCACAAUCAAAUUGUGAUGAAACUAGCGCGGAAUGUACUUGUUACCCACCUUGUCAUCCUUAUCUCUAUCAAACCAUAGUAAAUGGAGCGUGCAUUAAGAUUUGUAGUUGUCAAUGUUUGUCACCACCUCCACCAUCUCAAAUUAACCCACUACAACCGCCGCCGCCACCACCAAUGACUAAACCAAAUCCGCAUCCGCAACCAUCACCACCACCACCACCAAUGACUAAAUCAAACAUGCAGCCGCCACAACCACCGGUAGUGCCUAAAUCAAAUUCGUCUACUGAAGCACCACCAAUUACGGCAAUAGUUAGUCCAAUUCCAUCGACUCCUCUGAACCAGUGUGAAAGCUUGAAAGAACGAAGUACACAACUCCCGAUGGAUGCUGAUGAUGAGAACGCACCCUUGUACCAGACCUUGGAGUAUUAUAUGGGAGAGCCAUUACCUCCCCCUGAAAAUUAUCCUAAUGAGCUUUUUGAAGUAACUCGGAACAGCCUUGAGUUGCUCUCUAGCAUAUUGAGUACGGGAACAGAGCCAAAACCCCCAAAGGAUGACCUGACGGAGAGCAUGCUGGAGAAAUGCAAGCAGUCACAGCUAGCUAUUCAGAUGAUCAUAGAAAGCACUACAGACGAUGAUGGAACCCUCUUUGAGGCUCUGAAUCUGAAUGAUGAGCUUCAACAAGUCAUCUCCAAAUUCGAGGUGCUGGAAACUGGUUCGAAAGUCGACACCACUGCCGUUAUUCCCACUGCUCAUGCUGAGACCGAUAUAGAAAGUACAUUGGACGCUUCACCUUCGAACCAUAAUGAAACCAAGACCAUUGCGUCCCCGUCCACCCAUAAUGAAACCCAGAUGAAUGCUUCCCGAAAAGCAGGUGGUAUCGAACCAGGCAGUGAUGCGAAAGUAUCGAACGAGAAUGAGGAAUCUGAGAGGGUUUAAUUUCCAUUUCCAUGACUUGUGCUGGUUAACCUCGUGAUUGGCUUGCUGUAAUUAGGGAAUAAGAUUAUAUAGCCCGGACACGAUGAUUAGUUUAUCGGUUGUGUAAUUAAAAUAAUU